AUGGCGGCACAUAGCCUUGCCAACGAGCGCCGGCCUACGUCUACAACAUCCCUCAUUAUCACUCUGAUUUUGGCCGGCCAUCUCAUCGAUGGUGUAUCCGCAGCUGCAAUUUCUGACGGCCUGCCAAGAGCUGCGCCGACCGCACAACCAACGGGAGCUGCGGCACCAGGGUCCUCACCGGAGGCAGCACCACUGACGACCGUCCCUUACCGCUCUCUCAAUGUUGUGCCAUGGCCUCUUCCCACAGCGUUUGCAGAUGAGCAGGGUCAAAUAAGUCAACGGCAGUGGUCACGACAACUGCGCCAGCUAGGUGGUGCGCCACUGCCCCGCCAAAACGACAACACCAUCUGCGGUUAUAUUGGCGGUAACGCAGACCUUCCCGCCACCUGCUCUGCCGGGAGCCACUGUGUCCUUGAUGCAGAGCACGGUGCUGUUGGCUGUUGUCCCAAUGGGGUCGAUUCCUGUACAGCGGGUGUGUUCACAGGGUGCGUCGAUGGCGGCAGCGACGCUACUGAUGUGAACCCAUAUGUAUACACCUGCGGCGGAGGCAGCUUCUGCUACAAGAACAACUUCCCGGGCGGAUACUACCAAUACGGUUGCGGGUCAGCCAGUACUCUAGGCCAGAGCGUUGCCGCCACAGCUUCGGGCAUGUCGGCGCUGACCAUUACCAGCCAGCGUAUCACCUUUACGGGCACGUUUACAGACACGGCGUCCACGUCCAAGAAAACAAAGUCGUCCUCUACGAAGUCCUCGUCCACGAAAACGAAAUCUUCCAGCACAUCGUCCUUCUCCUCCUCCUCCACUAGUUCCUCAUCCCUGUCGUCCACCACAUUGUCUUCCUCCAGCUCUACCACAUCGUCUUCAGCCACGCACACUCCGACGGGCGCUGCGUCUUCCUCCACCGACCCCGGCAGCGAGGUAGACACGGGUGUUAACAGCGGCGAUCGUGCAGGUGUCAUUAUUGGUGCAACCAUAAGUGCCGUCGCAGGCCUGAUUGCCCUGAUUGCCCUGGCCGUCUACUUCUGCUGGAAGAAACGCCGCGGCGGUGGCGGCACGUACACCUCCCGCAGGGGUCCCUUGAAUUUCCGUUCUGGGAGCGGUAGUUUCCAGGCCCUGCACAAUACUCCAGACGACUUUGAGUCCGGCCUCCGCAAUCCGGAGAUGGCCAUGGGUCCCGGUGCCACAGGGGCCUACAAGCAGAUGUCGGCAUUUGAGGCACCGCUGCCGCUGCCUCCGUCGGGUGGCAACGACAAUCUGCCCAAUCCAGGCACAGGCGAUGGCGGUGGUAACGGAGGCAACAAUGGCGGAACUGGUGAUGCUCCCAAGGCUCCUAAUGCUGCUGCACACGAUGAUGAUCUGUGGGCGACACCAGCCGUCGGCCCUGCAGCCUUGGCAGCUGUCGCUUCGUCGUCCUCACAUACACCCAACCGGCGUAGUAGCGCUAGCGUCAGCAGCUUAUUGUCCCGCGAUAUGUCCCGUCGGAGCAGCUAUCGCGGUGUCGUCCCGACUACCGGCCCCGGCACCCCGGUUAUUGGUUCCGUGUCAGGUAGCAUUGUCUCCCGUGCCGCUUCUAGGGCUGCUACGUACAAUCAAAUCUCACAGCAGUCGCCCUACUACGAUGCCAACGGGAACGCUCCGCCACAACUCCAACAGCCCCAAAACGCCUAUGGCAACAUGAACAGCAACUAUGUGCCUACUCACCCGGAUGACAUGUUGAUUGACCACGAUCGCGUACCCUUCAACCGCGAGUUUGACGAAUUUACGCGCGGCUACCAGGAUGUCCUGAGCCGCAUCGGCGAGGAGGACCCGAGCGAGCUGAGCCACAGUGGCAGCGCUGCCAAUUUGACCGGCGCCGACAAUGUGACAAAUAGCAAACCCGCCCAGACCAAGGCCGGCACAAACGACAGCCUCAGCUCUCGCUCUAUCAAGAUCGUCAAUUCUAGCAACAGCCUCGUCGCCGAGCGCGACUCAUCCAGUGCCCUGCCUGCCAACCACGAAACCUCAUUUGGCAAUAUGAGCAACCUAAAUUUGCGCGGCGGAGGCAGUAGCGGGAUCGCCAGCACCGGCAGUCAGAGCAGCGUGCGCGACAGCACGACCAACAACAGCACCAGUAGUCUCGGCAAGGGUAACCGGGGAAGUGUCACUGGCAGCGUCAACGCGAAAAAUCGCAGCAGCACCAUCAGUGGCCACAACGAGCAGCUCUCCCUCAACAUGACGUCUCCCUCACUCUCCCUUGAUGGUCCACUCCUUGGUGUCGGUGGCGUCAGUCCACCCGCAGCGACACUUGCGGCCGGUGUCGAGGGAACAACCAAGACUCUGUCGCCACCGGACUCACCGCCGAUGCGCCCUCUGUGGCAGCAGAACCGACAAAAGAGUCGUAAUCUCAUGUGGUCGUGA